AAAAACAACCCUCUCUCAAGUCAGCAAACAUCUAUGAGUGGUGGUAAUGCGAAGCGGGAUACGAGUCGCAUCAACACAGUCCGUAGGAAACAAGGUAACAGCAAGUUGUCAAGAUACCACCCAUCACCACGGAAAACGCGUUUGCUGGCGGGAGCUUACCGCUGAGGCGUCGGAUGGAUGAUGAGGAGGAGGACAUGUCACAGCCCAUCUCGCAGCUCUGGGGGACACCCUUUAGGGACGUCAAAUACGAAGACCGACCCACACAGAUUGCGACUGGACAGGCCCUUGCUGCCGUCACUGCUGCCGUGCCCACGUCGCAGAGCCACAACAACAACAACAGCAUCGGCAUCAGCACGCUGCCCUGCAGCUUGUAUCGGCAGCUUCGCAUACCCUUUCACGGCAACGCUGGAUUACGGUCACAUUUCCCCGCUCAGUUUGAGCCCAUGGAGGACCGGGGAGAGAGGCAGAAUGAAGAGGAGGAGGAGGAAGAGGGCAGAGGGGAGGAAGAUGACAGGAUGGCAGAGGGGCCAGGGCAGCAGGCAGGGGUGAGCGUCGAGGCGCAAAUUGGUCGUAAACUUCGGGAGAUCGGAGACAAGUUCCAGCAGGAUCAUGUUGAAUUGUUCAUGAGGCACCAGAGACAAAACCUGCCUGCCUGGAUGCGCCUUACGAUGGCCCUGUUUGGCUUUCUGUUUCCAAGAGAGGCUCUCUUCCCUCGCCUGAGAGGAGCGCAGAGAUGAAGGGACUUCCUGCUGGUCCUCGCCUCAGCCCUUGUCGUGCCCCCCUCCCCCCCCUACAGAGACAAGGGAGCAGACAUUAAGAGAUGGCACUGUAAGAAGGAACACGGGUUUGGAUAUUCUUUUCUAAUUGAAUAUGAAGAUGAGAUGAAGAAAACACUGGUCACCGCUGGACGGAGACUGAUUAAAAAUUUUUUUUCUUUGUUUUUCUUUUUUUUUCUUUUCUUUUUUUUUGUCUUUCCAAGAAGGAGCCAUUGUGUUUGAAGAGAUAUUUUCGAAAUAUUUGUAAGAUUACCUAUUUUGUACAGUAAACUGCUCUUUUUAUUUGUUAUUUCAACUCUUGAAGGACCUCCAUCAGUCCAGGGAAUGCCUUAUUCUCUCCUGCCACAGUACAACUCUUUUGCUUCAAGGAAAUCAUAAGAAAAGAGAUACAAUAUAAGAUUAGGCCACUUUUAUGGUGACAGACUGUGGACGUGGACAUUUCUGUGCUGAAGUUACUGACUUAAAACCUUGAGGACUCGAGGCACAUUUCUAAUUUAUUCUCAGAAAAACAAUAAGCCCUGCACUUAUUCUUUACCGCUCCACACUGGCUGAGUUGAAAAUGGUUGUCAUGACGUUGCGGCGGUGUUACACAUUGGUGUUGCACUAUCGGUCAGGUUAAUGUGUGUUUUACCAGCUUCCACUGUAGACGUAGGGAUAUUAUAUCAACCUGUGUCGUCCAUCAGCAUCCCCAUCUCGAUUGCCACUCAUGUUGUUAAACUGGCCCACUGGGUAGAUUCAGAUCCUAUUGAUUUUAAAGGAUGAACGCAUACGUACUUGAAUUUAGGUGUACUGAUGAUAUUUUUGCAGAGUAACAUUGUGAUUGCGGUUUCAAAUUUGUGAUCCAUGUGUAUGUAGGAGUGUGUGCUCACUGUUUCCAAAAUCUGCAGUAAUUUUGAAGCCAAACAAGCACAAAUAAGUCAAACAAAUCUCCUUUGUGGGAUUACAAUCAGGGAACUGGAAAACAAUCAGACUCCUGAAAAUCUUUGGAUAGAUGUCAUCAUUUCCUAAAGCUUUUCAGGAUUUCUUUCUCUGGCUGGAACUGACAAUCACAACUUUGCCCUUUGCUGCGUUGUGGGUCGCCUGCAAGAGACAUGACAUUUCUCAGCAUUUGUGAGGAGGGGGUGAGCAAUAUUCAAGCCAGUGGAAGGAAGGAAGUAAGAUCUUAGGGAUCUAUUGCAUUUGCAAUCAAAGUGACAUCCAUAGAUGGACAUUUCCCAGAAUAUGGCUGCGUUCUCAAUCAAAUACAAAUAUCUUUGUUACAGACACAUUUUUGGGUUAAAGUUACAGAGAUGCAUUUUUAUUUUAUUUCACUCCAGGUGUAAAUCUAAAUGUCUUGAGCACUGAUUCAAUUCUGAUGUGCGUGUAUCAACUCAACCUUUUGUUCAAGUGCUUUCUUUCACCAAACUGCCAGUGGUACAUUGCGCUUCACUGAAAACUUUGUAAGAACAGCUUCUGUAUAGUUAAAAAAAAUCAUUUUUACUAAUCACACAGACACAUUUUGGUAUGAAGAAAGUUUGUACAUCCUUGUGCGACAGCUGCUACAUUAGCAUUUUGCAGACGGCACAGCCACUGUUUCUCAGUGUAAGGUUUAUCAAGGAAAACGUCUUUACGGACUUUAAAUGAGAUGUUAUAAAUUCCUCAUUUGAUGUAUGAUUUCUUUUUUUUUUUUGUAGAUUCGUGAUAUGAGCUUUUGAAGACACUGAUGGGUUUUUUUUUCUUUCCUUUGUGUUUUCUUCAGGGAGUAGUUAAUAAAUGUGUUGAUUGUGUUUGCUAAAAAUCUGCCUUUGAGUGAGGACUCCAUGCGUCAUUGCUGUUAGUCUUUGAGGCAUGUAGUAGACGACACCAAACAAGCAAAGAUUUGUCUUUUUAUGUUUCUUCAAAUCAUAUUCACUGAAAGAUGUGGAGAUGUGUUACAGAUUGAUAGGACUCUUUUUUUCUGUAACUACAUGAGCUGAACCAAAAGUUUGUUUCCUGCAAACACUGAACGCUGAGCCAAUUCAGAUUGACGCACUCUUCAGUCCAAAGUUCAUGUACUCUCACUCUGUUUCAUUGAACAUCAUGCUUAACUACUCCCUGUCCUUACUGAGAACAAGUUUCAUUUUGUUUCGUUCCUUUUAGGUAAUUUAUUCUAAUUUAUUUUGUGUAUAUUUGCUCAGUGCUACUGUAUAGAUGCCUUCUCAGUGUGUACAGUUCUUUUCUUCUCAUUGUUGACUUGCAUUCAGUUGUGUGUUUGAUACCUGUGUGCGGGGAGGUUGGACUAAAGCCAUGUGCCUCGUGCUUUCUCGCACGAACGGUGUGAGUCUUUACAAAUCACAUGAACAACAGACAAUCAAAUGUACAAAAUGUGCCUUGUGAGUAAGAGACCUGCCACCAGACCUGCCAUCAUCAACAUUUGGCAUAAUUACCCAAAGUCACUGCUGGUCACAGCUCUUGUUUCACUUGGGCUCUGUGAGAUCAACAUACUCUGAUACAACAGAGUUGGCACAAACGUUUUUGUUGUGUCUUGCUACAAAAAAAAAUAAAAAAAACAACAUCAGUUUGAUUCCUCGCAUCUGCUCACGAGGCACAGGCUCAACCUUUGACAUCUCUCAGCACGAACGGCGAGUUUCACCACGCAAAACCUUCUCAAUGUCAGAAACGACUGUUUGCAGUCAAUGUGCACUGUAAAAAAAACAACAAAAAAAACAUUUUUUUAAAUCUGUAUACUGUAUUUUGCGCCUCUCUCUUUCUACUCCUGUGCUGAACUUCCCCUCUAGAUUCCUGAUGUUUUUUUGGUUUUUUUUUUUUAAGAUCUGUAAUAUGCUGGAUCGGCCCAGUUUGUCUGGGUUUUCUGCUUUUUUAUCUACAAUCUAGUAGGGCUGUGGGUUUACACUUGAAGGAGGAAUGAGCCACCAUGGUGCCCAGUAUUAUUUGUAUGUGAAAUGGGUUGAACAGCCACUGCGUCGGUGUGGCGUUGAUCUGAGCCUGUCGUUACCAACCACUGUUGCAACCCUGACUCAAGUGAAACAUUUUUUUAUUCAUUCAACCUUCAGUGUCUUUAAUAUCAAAUCUAUUCGAUUUUUUUUUUUUUUUUAAUAUCCAA